ACCCUGGUCGGAUAUGCCUCGCGUUCACAUAGGACAGCAGUACAGGUAGCUAGGCAUCGAAGACGCGAUUUUGCCAUUCAUGGGCCGAGAAAUACGUAGCAUAUCUUCAACCAUAUCGAAGGGAACCCUGGCGCGCAACGCGUAGAUCUACGACCUAUUUUAGUUACAGACCAACACUAAUGUAAGUCUUGAUACGUUAUGAGAUGCCCCGCACUGCCGCAGCGCUUCCCCUACCUGUCCACCAUAUCUACUGCCCCGGCCUAGUGUAUAAUGAUAAGCGCGCCAAGUCUCCCCUCACCUCGUACCUCCGUCACUUCGUCCCCGCCGCUGCAAGUACAAGUAACAGACGCUCAGACUCAGACUCAGAGUCAGAUCGAGUCUGCACGGUAAUGCGUCCGCAAGGAGGACUAAAAUAUUAUCAUUUUGAUGCUCCCGAAGUCCGAUAUCUCGUCGACUCGGAGUAGUUAUUCAUCCCAUGCAGAUUGAGGCGCUGCUUCACAUCCUCGAAUGAGCAGAUCUGCUGAUUGAGAGGGGAGGCAGGAACUAAUACUUGGACUAGCAUUCGGUGAUUCUCUGCCUCUUUACUACUGCUACUGCUGCUGCUAUUGCUGCUGUUCAGUGUGUGGCCUCAUAUUCUGGCUGGUAGGUGCUUUCUGUUUGAAUCGACCAGGACGACAAGACGAUGCAGUGGUGUGGCCCGUUGCUAUCGCUGGCGGUAGUGCUGCUAGCAUGCUCCCAGUGUCCGUAUGCGGUGCUUGGUUACUCCUGCAUAGAUGAAGGGGAAGUUCUGUACGUGCCCAUACCCAAACACAACGAGUCCUACCCGAACGCCAUUAUGUGCAAAGACCUGACACCGGACAGGAGCAACUGCAUUCCUCUUCUUUGGAGCACUCCAGCAUGCCAAGGCGGAUACUAUCUGUCAUUGGGUGAACUAGGUGGUGAAAACAAUGCAAGUGAUGGAAACGAUGUAGUCUUGCCGUGUCCAGCGGGUUUCUACUGCCCCAUAAAUACUAUCUGUCUUGUGCCAUGCCCACUCGGGGCAUAUUGUGUAACUCCCAAGAAGAAUGCCAGUUUAGCCAAAAAUCCAACAGUGACCUGUGAUCCAGACUACGGCACGCAGCAACUGAGUGACCGCACAGACCCACACAGCCUAACCUGUGGUGGGCCGGCCGGCCUGGACAGGCGCGUCAUCUGCCAGAAAGGCUAUUAUUGCCCGAAUGUCAGCAUGAAAAUCCAAUGCCCAAAAGGUUCGUAUUGCAGAUCCGGCCGCGUAUCACCACAACCCUGUCCAUUACUGUCACGAUGCAAGCCUGGCACGACUGCGCCCAUCGUCAACGGUAUCGGUCUCAUCUUCAACCUGGUCCUCAUCCUGCUUGUACUACUCUUUAUUCUUGCACUGCGUUACAAAGAAACACUGAAGGCCGCAUUUGGCACUCAUGUUGUGCCGAGGCUGCCCGGCAAGGCACGCAGUUAUGAGGUAUGUCAGGUUGAGCAGGCAGGCAAUGCUGAAGAAAUGGAGUCCAUCAACACCAGCACAGCUGUUGGGGAUCCAGAGCAACGGUACGGUGCCACUGGUACCGAAGCUACCAGAGCAGUGAGCCCCAAGGAUUACACGAUGGAGAUUGAAUUCCACAAUCUCAGUUUAACGUUGAAGAGCAACAAGGUCAAGGUGCUGCAAGGUGCUACUGGCAAGCUUCGACCCAAGACACUGACAGCAAUCAUGGGUGGAAGCGGAGCAGGAAAGACAACGCUGCUAAAUACAUUGAGUGGCAAGGCAUACUACGGCGCGGUGGAGGGAGAUAUCAUGGUCAACGGCAAGCCAGAAAACAUCACAACCUACCGCAGCAUCACAGGUUUUGUUCCACAAGAAGACAUCAUGCACCGAGAGCUAACCACCAGGGAGGUACUGUACUACCAAGGAAUUCUCAGACUGUCUGGUUGUGCAACAUUCCCAGAGAUUAAUCGUAAAGUGGAUGAGGUACUGGAGCUGCUUGGCCUGAUGCAUAUCAAGGAUUCUCAGAUCGGUGACGAAGAGAAGCGAGGCAUUUCCGGCGGCCAGCGUAAGAGAGUGAACAUUGGAAUGGAGCUGGUAGCUGAUCCAACGCUCCUGUUCCUGGAUGAACCUACCAGUGGCUUGGACAGUGUCUCAAGCAUGCAGGUGUGUGAGGCUCUGCGGUGCGUUGCUGAAGAGGGCCACUUGACAGUGGUGGCCGUACUACAUCAGCCCAGGUUCGAGAUCUUCCAGAUGUUUCACGAAGUCAUACUGCUGCAGCCCGGUGGUCAAAUUGCGUUCCAAGGUUCCACGCAGCAAGCAGAGGCAUAUUUCUCAGAGCUUGGCUACCCAGUGAAGACAAACGUUAAUCCCAGUGAUCACUAUCUGGAUGUCAUCAACGAUCAUAACAAGAAAGCCAAGUCCGCCAAGAAGCACGCCGCAUCCUCCCCAGCUACUAAUGAUUCAGUGGAUGGCAAUACAGCAAUGGCACUGACCAGCCUUGGAGAUUUGUGGACAAUGAGACAAUCCAGCAUGACUACUGAUGGCGGUGCUUCAUCGGUACCACCAGAGCGGCAAGCCAGCACACAGCAGUUCACACCAAGGAAAGCACCUGCAUUCUGGAUACAGUUGCUAUUCUUCAUUCGCCGGGCAUUUGUUCUGCAGAUUCGUCAACUCAGUGUACUGGUGCUGGAUCAACUGCUGGUGCUGAUUGCGGGCGCCGUCCUCGGUGCGCUGUACAGCGAGAUCCUGCUACGCAAGCUGACACUGCUGCUGUGUAUGACCAGCAUGGCUGUAGCCUUGACAAGCAUGCUGGCUGCACUCCGAUGCUUUGGCAGCUGUAAGCCCGUCUUCUGGCGAGAAAGUGCGGCCGGGAUCAACCGUCCGGCAUACUUCCUUGCCACCAACAUCUCGCAGAUUCCAAUCAUCGUCUUCACACCGCUUAUCUUCCUCAGCUUUUUCUACACGCUUGUGUCACCACGCGCCCUGUUUCGUGAUUACUACACAGCCAUUCUGAUGCUGGUCUGGGCCUGCCAUGGACUUGGCUAUCUCAUCUCAACAAUAUUCAACAGUCGUAGUUCACAGAUGGCCACAGUGGUUCUGGUACUUGUGUCGGCCAUGAUGUCUGGUGCUCAGCCAUCGUUAUGCAAGAUGAAGAAACAGGCCCUCGGCCCUGUCCUCUACUCGUUGUCAUUUGCACGCUGGUUUGUGGAAGCAUUGUUUGAAAAGGAGGCAAACCGCUAUCCGGACGCAGAGAUCCAGGAAGUUGCGCUUUACUCAAGCUACCAAGGCUACCCACUUGACCAUUUCGCACUGUGCAUCGGUAUCCUGUUUGUGUUUGGCCUGGUGUCUCGAAUCAUUGCUCUCAUCUGCCUCAUGUUCACACACCGCGGCCAGCAGAAGUAGACCAGCAGUCACGGUCAGGCACUGAACACUGAAAAAGUUCAGGCACGGCGGCAACAAAGACGGUCUAGUGAAAUAUGCGCCGCCUGAGUUCCACCUGUACAGUCAACUUUGCGUAUAACGACACUCGGCGGGGCAUCAGAAAAGCGUCCUUAUUCGCAAAGUCACAAGUUCUACCCGAAGUCUCAUUACAUGUAUAUGUAUUACAGUUAGAUGGGACUUUGCUCUGGGCAUGGAAAUUCGGUCGUUAUUCGCGAAUUGUCGUUCUAUCCGCAGUCGUUAUUAGCAAAGUUGACUGUACAUGUAUCUUUGUUGUUGAUUCUGUUCUUCCUUUCACAGUCAAGUGUAUGUUUGCUUUAACGGGGCCUGCUCUGUGUUUUCCAUAAGCAUACGCGAGGUACUCAGUUGCUUGCGCAAAGGUUCCUGCACCAGUUCACCCUUCUUCUUUCGUUCUUUUGACCAGACUUUGCUGGGUUGAGCAGACCCAGUCUGUUUCACAGCCGAGAAAACUGCACACUGCUCAACAUAGUGUUAUGAGACACUUGACACUGGCUUUGCAUAUCUAACACGUGGGCAUGCAACACUGAAUUAUUCACACUGUGCACUCCGGCCCCUCUCACAUAGAGAGCAUUUUAUUGCCGCUAUUUUGCUGUACUACUUUUAGAUGUAUUCUCCCACUGACUUUGCACCUUCACAGUCGCACACAAAAUCAAUAUGGGAUAAUAAUAAUUUUAAUA